UCCUUAGCCAGCGGCGGCGGCCGGAGGUGGGAUAGAGCAGUCCUGACUCUCGGGUGGCGGGUUGCUGGGCUGCAGGGGCUCGGCGGCUGGUGGCUGGGCGGUGGUGGCGGAUGCCGGAGGAGCGCCAGCCCCGCCGCUUGGCGGCCCCUGGGUCGGGAUGAGCGCCUCAGCGUCGGUCGGGGGCCCGGUGCCCCCACCGCCCCCGGGCCCGGCCGCCGCGCUGCCUCCCGGUUCUGCCUCCCGGGCCCUGCAUGUGGAGCUGCCUUUUCAGCAGCGGCGUCUUAGACAUCUUCGGAACAUUGCUGCCCGGAACAUUGUUAGUAAAAAUGGCCAUCAACUCCUUGAUACCUACUUCACACUUCACUUGUGUAAUGCUGAAAAGAUAUAUAAAGAAUUUUACAGAAGUGAAGUGAUUAAGAAUUCCUUGAAUCCAACAUGGCGGAGUCUUGAUUUUGGAAUAAUGCCAGAUCGUCUUGAUACAUCUGUGUCUUGUUUUGUGGUAAAGAUAUGGGGUGGAAAGGAGGACAUCUACCAGCUGUUGAUUGAAUGGAAAGUGUGUUUGGAUGGGCUGAAAUACUUGGGUCAGCAGAUUCAUGCCCGCAACCAAAAUGAAAUAAUUUUUGGGCUGAAUGAUGGCUACUAUGGUGCUCCAUUUGAACAUAAGGGUUAUUCAAAUGCUCAGAAGAAUAUUCUCCUUCAGGUAGAUCAAAACUGUGUUCGUAAUUCUUAUGAUGUCUUCUCUUUGCUAAGGCUUCAUAGAGCCCAGUGUGCAAUUAAACAGACUCAGGUAACUGUUCAGAAAAUUGGAAAGGAAAUUGAAGAAAAACGAAGACUCACAUCUACAAGCAAUGAGCUGAGAAAACAAAGUGAGUGCCUGCAAUUAAAAAUUUUGGUGCUUCGAAAUGAACUGGAAAGACAGAAGAAAGCUUUGGGAUGGGAGGUGGCAUUACUACAUAAGCAUCAAAUUGCAUUACAGGACAAAGGAAGUGCAUUUUCAACUGAGCACCUCAAGCUUCAACUCCAGAAGGAAUCCCUAAAUGAAUGGAAGAAGGAAUGUACUGCAAAAAGAGAACUCUUUCUGAAGACUAAUGCUCAGGUGACAAUUCGUUGCAGGCAAUUACUGUCUGAGCUUUCCUACAUUUACCCUAUUGAUUUGAAUGAACAUAAGGAUUACUUUGUAUGUGGUGUCAAGUUGCCCAAUUCCGAGGACUUCCAAGAAAAGUGUGAAGAACCAAAGUUGAUACAUGUGUGUCAGAUGCGAGCAAAAGAUGAUGGAAGCAUUGCUGUUGCCCUUGGUUACACUGCACAUUUGGUCUCCAUGAUUUCCCUUUUCCUGCAAGUACCCCUCAGAUAUCCUGUAAUUCAUAAGGGAUCUAGAUCAGCAAUCAAAGACAAUAUCAAUGACAAGCUGACUGAAAAGGAGAGAGAGUUUCCAUUAUACCCCAAAGGAGGGGAGAAGUUGCAGUUUGAUUACGGUGUCUAUCUUCUGAACAAAAAUAUAGCACAGCUAAGAUACCAACAUGGACUAGGGACUCCAGACUUGAGGCAAACCCUUCCUAACCUGAAAAACUUCAUGGAGCAUGGACUGAUGGUCAGAUGUGACAGACAUCACACCUCUAGUGCAAUCCCUGUUCCAAAGAGACAAAGCUCCGUAUUUGGGGGUGCAGAUGCAGGCUUCUCAGGGGGGAUCCCUUCACCAGACAAAGGACACCGAAAACGGGCCAGCUCAGAGAAUGAGAGACUCCAGUACAAAACCCCUCCUCCGAGUUACAACUCAGCAUUAGCCCAGCCUGUGACCACCAUCCCCUCCAUGGGAGAAUCUGAGAGAAAAACAUCUCUGUCCUCCUCCUUGGAUACCUCCUUGGACUUCUCCAAAGAAAACAAGAAGAAAGGAGUAGAUCUGGGUGACAGCGUAACUGGAGGCCGUGUGAGUGUGAACACUAGCCAAGAGCAAGGAGAAGCGCUCUCUGGGCACGCGGCUGCGGUCAAUGGCACGCUCCCGCCCCGCGAGCAGGCCGGCCCCUCCGGUGCCCCGCUUCCAGGUGAGUUCCGUCCCGUCUCAGAAGCGGAGCUCUGCUGUGCUGUGGAGCAAGCAGAGGAGAUCAUCGGGCUGGAAGCCACCGGUUUCACCUCAGGUGAUCGGCUAGAAGCGUUUAACUGCAUCCCAGUGGACAGUGCCGUGGCAGUGGAGUGUGAUGACCAAGUUCUGGGAGAAUUUGAAGAGUUCUCCCGAAGGAUCUAUGCACUGAAUGAAAACGUGUCUAGCUUCCGCCGGCCACGCAGGAGUUCUGAUAAGUGAAGUGAGCCGACAGGCCGUAGGGCCAGAACAGAGUUGCUGCCUGCAAUGAAGAUAAAGCUGCACUGGUUACCCUUUGUAAUAAUUGUGACACAAAAUGAAUAUUAAUGGAGGAUAUUCCUCGGAAAAACAGACUUUGUGAAUUGCGGAGGGACUCAGGAUCAUUGUGUAUCAGUGGGCCAGACAGAGUUAGAGUUUGCUUACAAGGUUGCUUUUCAGGCCUGAUGAUUAUUUUAAGGCAAAAGUCACUCUCUAGCUCGAGUCACCUUAUAGGUAUUUGUCUGCUUUUUUUAUUUACACUUUUAUGUUAUCCUCAGAGGGAAGAUGAUAAUAUAUAAGUAAUAUAAUGAACUCACCUUUCGUUUCUCAUAAGCAUUUGCCCUCACCACAGUUUAUAUAUAACUUUGGGGAAACUGAAUAUUCAGAGAAGGGUUUCCUCCAUUUACUGAAUGAUUUUGGCCAUCCGUUAGCUUGAUGAAUCAGAAGCACAGUGGUCUUUUUAUAGCCAGGCCCCCAGGCUCCUGGUCAGCCUGUCUGCUGCCCCAUCCUCAAGUGGAUGGGUUGUGCAUCCUGAAAACGAGGACAUCAGACUCGCUGGUUCUUCAGUGCAGUAGCCAUGACCUUCCACCUCCUCUGAUCAGCCAAUCCCUUGAGCUCUCAGAUUAGGUGAAAAACCUCACCUCUGGUGAAUCCCAGGGGACCCUCAAGGAUCCCAAGCCUUGAGAGAUUACUACAGCCAGAUGGCCUGCAGUCCCCUUUGGGGGCCAAAGUUUCCCAAAGUUUUCAUGUGGGCAGAUGCUGCAGUCAAAAACUAGGCGUGCUUUCCGGCAGUGCGCUCACCAGACAAAAAUCCGUAUAUGUAAAUCCCAUGUUAAUUUAUUAAAUUUCAGUUGGAAAGCAAGGCAUUGUAUAUGAUGAAAUAUAUGUAGAGAGAGAGUCAUUCUGUCCAGUGUGCAAACUGGAAGGCCAUUGAGAUAGUUGGGUUAAGAAGACUGGAUGAGGCACAGAAGACUAUCGGUAUCUGUGCAAUUACAUAAAUAUUAAAUUAUGUUUUUGAAGUCCAAUUUCCUUCCUGGAGUUCAGAUUUCAUGCGCUAUUGCUAUGUACUUUAUAUACCCAAGGACAUCGCCUCAGGGUUGCAAGCUCUUUAAGGAAAUUUUAUGCAUAUAUCCAUGUAUUGUGUAGAAGAAUAAAAACUGACUUCACUCGA